GUGCGAGCUGCCUGGCCGUCUAUACCGGCUGGGAUUUCGUCGUGGUCGUGCCUAGGCUAGCGCUGCUGGCCUGGAACUUCGUUCCAUCCAUAAUAGAACGAAAAUCAGACACGGAUUGGAGAAAAGAGCAUCAUCAAAAACCGCAAGUAACUCGGUAUAAGUCGAAUUUUUCGACCACCGACAUUCCUCACUUUUAAUAUGGAGUGAAGUUUGUGCAACCCGCAGCCAUCUUGCGGAACUUCGCAUUGGUUUUUGACUUUGACAGUUUGUGUCAUCUGUCACGUUUGACAUUGACGUACAAUAAAUAUCAAAACAAAGUGCUAUCAGCGUCGUUGUGCCUUCCUUUAAAAGUGUUUGUGCAUUCGUUCGUCAUAAAUAAAAAUUAAAAUGGCUACCGAAACGGAAAACCUAAAAAAAUUACGCGUUAUACGCUCGCAGUGUAAAGGAACGAUUACGAGAAUCGACAAUUUUGUCAAGGAUCCCGUAUGUUUGGCAGCCGCCAGCGCCGAUAUAUUAGAGGCGCGAAAAGAGAAGCUCAUUUCCACCUUAAAAGAUUACGAAAAGGUGCAAAUGGACAUACUAAGCAUUGAUGAAGGCGAUGGUGAACAGGUGGGAGAAAUUGAAGACAAAUACUAUUCUAUAUUAGCAAAAAUUAACAGCUCUCUUAAAAUGUUAAACACAAAAGUGACUUCGGAUUGCCACAACGCAUCCACAUGUAAGUUGCCCACAAUAGAAAUUCCCUUUUACGAUGGAAAGGAUUUCACUAAGUUUAAACCCUUUUUCGACUUAUUUACUGCUGUUAUCGAUCAGAAUAACUCGCUGUCUGAUGUGCAAAAGCUUUUUUAUUUGAGAAAGUACCUGCAAGAGGAUGCGUUGGCGGUUAUUCUGAACUUGCCAUUGGUGAACGAGUCAUAUAAACAAGCAAUACAAUUAUUAAAAAAGAGAUUUGACAACAAGGCUAGAUUAGUAGCAAACCAUAUAGGUAUAUUGUUAGAUAUUUCGAAUAUACAAAAGGGCACAGCAGCUUCCAUACGAACAUUUGUUUCACAAAUAAAUCAACAGAUGCAUGCAUUAAAAAAUUUAGAUGAACCCGUCGAUAAAUGGGACAUGCUUUUAAUAUCAAUUUUGACUAGAAAGUUAGAUCAAUUCACACACCGGGCAUAUCAAUUAGACCGGGACUCUGACACCAUGCCUACUAUGGCUGGUUUCAUUGAAUAUUUAGAAAAGCGUGCUAUAGCGCUCGAAGAUAGUCAUCCAAAUAAACAUAGUACCUACUAUGAUGGUGCUAACAAACAUGUUUAUAAUAAAAGUACUUGCUAUGAAGGUACUCACAAAUCAAUACCUAAGGUGACAAAUGUGGUAUCGAAGUCGUUGCCGCCCUGUAGGUACUGUGAUAACAAAGACCAUCAGAUUUAUAACUGUCCCAUAUUUAAAAUGUUACCUAUUGCUCAGAGGCAAUCUUAUGUAACUGAAAAACACAUGUGUAAUGUAUGCCUCAAUAACCAUGAUGGUAAAUGUAAAUUUACUUUUAAAUGUAAAAUGUGUAAACAGGGCCACAACACAUUGCUGCAUCAGGAGCGCAAUGUGAAUGUGGAGAAGCCCAGAAUAAAUAAUGAUGACAGUCAGCAGCCACUAUCAUCUGAUGCUGGGCUGCAUAAAAACUGAAAAUGGACCGGUAUUCCAGAAUACCAUGUUAGGAUAUAUUGUCGGAGGAAGUAUCCCCGAGGAAGGUACUACAUGUAAUAUUGUAACAAAUUUAGUUAAUAAUAUAUCUGAUGGUGAAAAAUUGGAAAAUGUAAUGGAGCAAUUCUGGCUCUCUGAAAAACUUCCUGAAGUGGAAAAAUCUACAAAUGAUGAAUUUAAACAAGCUGAAAAAAUAUUUCAGUACUCUGUAUCACUUAAAGACAAUAGAUUUUAUGUUGAUAUGCCAUUAGCUUUCCCUAUGGAAGAGUUAGACCUUGGUGACUCAUUUUCUGUUGCCUAUAAUAGAUUCAUAAUGUUAGAAAAAAGGUUACAAAAAGAUCCUUUGCUAUUUGAACAAUAUAAAAAAUUUAUUGACCUAUAUCUGGAAUUAGGACAUGCAAAGAUAGUUGAUAUUGAGGGUUAUGAUUUAAAUGGUCCUGUGUUUUUUCUAGGACACCACUGUGUUUUUAAUCCAUCGAGUCGAACCUCACAUCAUCGUGUGGUCUUCGAUGGAUCGAUGAAAUCUAGAAAUGGGACAUCGCUGAAUCAAGUCAUGCUGAACGGACCUGUUGUACAGAGUGAGCUCUUUGAUAUUCUUAUUUUGUUCAGGACUUAUCCAUUUAUUUUAACUUGUGACAUUCAAAAGAUGUUUCGCAAUGUUUUUAUAAAUGAACAUCAACGCGGACUUCAAAACAUUUUAUGGCGCGAGUCGCCCAAAGACCCUAUCAACUGCUUGCA